AUGUUCUCAACUUUUUCAGUUUUCUUCAACUCUUCAAGAGCCACAAAUUCGGCAGCAACAUCGUCAGGCGAGAUACAUAUAGCAUACAAGACUCUCAUUCGUCAAUAAAUCGACAUCCGUCAGAGUGUAAGUACAGGUUUUCACAAUGAUAAUGAACAACCUGUCCACAUCGACCCCCGAUAGCGAAUUUCUAGCAAGCAUCCGCCAGUCUAUUGCCGAAUUUCUUCAGCGUUGCGGCUUGCAAUAUAAGAAUAUCCCGCUUGAUGAAGCUUGGUACUCCGAGUGCUCUCAGGAGGCGAUCAAACGAGGUUAUCCGAUGGACGCCAUCCUCCCAUACAUGCCCCCUGCUGUGGCCAUAAUGUCCAAUGCUUAUGGCCACCUCCCGGACCGUCCAACUAAGAUGUAGAUCUGCCUCUUCACCACCCUAUGCAUCACCCUUGACGACACGAUAAUCAGAGGAGAUGAUUUAGUGCAUUUGUACCGUUUUAACGAACGGUUCGCGAAUUGCCAGCCGCAGGAGCAUCCGGUUAUGAAUGCAUUUGAUGGAAUCUGACGAGAGGUCGCUUGCCAUUAUUCUGCACCGGCGUCAAAUUUGAUUGUGACGUCCGCGCUCGACUUCGUGUCUUCCAUUUUACUUGAC